AAGGAGGCGCCGGGAGAGCGGGGAACGCCACUAACCAAGGAGCAGGUCAAAUCCAACAUCGCUGAGAGGGGGGAAAAAAAAAAGAAAAACCUCUUCGACCUUCUUCUCUUACUUAAAAAAAAGCAAGAAAACUAAAUCUCUAAUCUGAGCAGCGGGCUGCAAGGAACAAGAGUGCCAUUUAGAUUUAGAUUUGGAAGACCUACAUUUGCAAUCCAAACUCCAGGAGAAGUUGCAUUAAGAAUAUUUCUGCAUUGGGGAAAGGGGGAAAGGAGUUUUGUUUUUUUUUUUCGAAGAGCCGGCGCCUCCUGUAAGGGAGUUUGUAUUGAUUUUUUUAUUAAUUUUUUUUUGCUGGGCAGUUGGAUUUAGUUUGGAGAUGUUUAGCGUUGGUUUGCUGCAGAUUCUGGCUGUUCUCGGACCAGCGGCGGCUGGGUGGACGGGGCCGCUGGAAGAGGAGUUGAUCUACCCGAGGAAGCUGAGGCCGGAGCCGGGCAGCAGUAAUGAGGAGGUCUCCUACACGCUCCAUGCCUUCGGCGAGGAUUUCACCCUGAGCUUGGCUGCCGACUCGGGCUUCUUGGCUCCGGCUCUCACCCUGCAGACGCUGGGCAAGAAGGGGGUAGACGAGACGGAAGAAGAGGGAGAGGGCGACCACCACCACCACCACCGUGACCUAGCUCGUUGCUUCUACACGGGCACCGUCAACUCUGCCCCCGGCUCUCUGGCGGCGCUCAGCAUCUGUCGGGGGCUCCUCGGGGCGUUUGUCAUCGGCGGGCAAGAAUUUCACAUCCAGCCCAGCACCAACCAGACCCAGUCGGGACCUCUCGGUCCGCACCUGGUCCGGAGACGUGGCCGGGGACCAAGCGCCGGCUCCAAGUGCGGGGUGAGGGUCGGAGACGGAGACGGGCAGAGCGAGGGGACAGAGCAGCCGGCGGGGUCGGAGAGAGACGGGGUCCCGGCCCGGAGUCCCACCCCGCCCCGCAGGGCCAAGAGAUUCGUCUCGUCUCCCCGCUACGUGGAGACGUUGCUGGUGGCCGACCGCUCCAUGGCCGACUUCCACGGCAGCGGCCUCCAGCACUACCUGCUCACCCUGAUGUCCGUGUCCGCCCGGCUGUACCAGCACGCCAGCAUCAAGAACUCCAUCAACCUGGUGGUGGUCAAGGUGCUGGUGGUCUACGAGCAGGAACUGGGGCCCGCCGUCUCCCCCAACGCCGCACUCACACUGAGGAACUUCUGCAAUUGGCAAAAGCAACAUAAUGUGGCCAGCGACCGCAGCCCGGAGCACUACGACACCGCCAUCCUCUUCACCAGAACCGAUCUGUGCGGAGCCAAGACCUGCGAUACGUUGGGGAUGGCGGACGUGGGGACUAUCUGUGACCCCAGUAGAAGUUGUUCGGUCAUCGAGGACGACGGUCUACAAGCUGCCUUCACCGCUGCCCACGAGUUAGGUCACGUGUUCAACAUGCCUCACGAUGACGCGAGGCAGUGCCUUCACACCAUUGGCCAGACCAAGAAUUCCCACAUGAUGGCAUCCACUCUCUCGAACUUGGACCGCAACCAGCCCUGGUCCGCCUGCAGUGCGUACAUGAUCACUUCCUUCCUCGACAACGGGCAUGGCGAGUGUUUGUUGGACAAGCCGCAGAAGCCCAUCGCGCUGCCCCGCGAGCUGCCGGGAACCGUGUACGACGCCGACCGGCAAUGCCAGUUCACCUUCGGAGACGACUCCCGCCUCUGCCCCGACGCUGGCAACACCUGCUCGCUGCUCUGGUGCACCGGCACUUCCGGCGGCAUGCUCAUCUGCCAGACCAAGCACUUCCCCUGGGCCGACGGCACCAGGUGCAGGGAAGGGAGAUGGUGCAUGGAGGGCAAAUGUGUCAACCAGUCCAGCAUCAAGGACUACAGUACUCCGGUGCACGGCAGCUGGGGAAUGUGGGGCUCGUGGGGAGACUGUUCCCGGACCUGCGGGGGAGGCGUACAGUAUUCCUUCCGGCACUGCGACAAUCCGGUGCCGAGGAACGGCGGGAAGUAUUGCGAAGGGAAGAGGGUGCAGUACCGAUCCUGCAACACCAUGGACUGCCCGUACAAGAACGGCAUCACCUACCGAGAAGAACAGUGUGAGGCACACAACGACUUCUCAAAGUCCACUGCCUUCGGGGGAAUGCCUGCGGUGGAAUGGAUCCCAAAAUAUGCCGGAGUUUCUCCCAGGGACCGCUGCAAGCUCAUUUGCCGGGCAAAGGGGACGGGAUACUACUUUGUGCUUCAACCCAAGGUUGCCGACGGCACUCCCUGUAGCCCGGACUCCACCUCUGUCUGCGUGCAGGGGCAGUGCGUCAAGGCCGGCUGUGACCGAGUCAUCGGCUCCAGCAAGAAGUUCGACAAGUGCGGCAUUUGCAAGGGCAAGGGUCUGACUUGCAAGAAGAUCACUGGCUCACUCGACCGUUCAAAGCCGGGAUACCAAGAAGUUGUCACUAUCCCCGCCGGAGCGACCAAUAUUGACAUCAAGCAACGUAGUCUUCGAGGUGCAAGGCACGACGGGAGCUACCUGGCGUUGAAGAGACUCGACGGCAAGUACCUCCUGAAUGGAGACUACACCCUCUCGACCCUGGAGCAGGACAUCUCCUACCAGGGCACCAACCUGCGCUACACGGGCUCCUUGGUGUCGCUGGAGAGGAUCCGCAGCUUUGGUGCGCUGCAGGAGCCGCUGGUGGUGGAGGUGCUCUCGGUGGGAGACUCCAUGCGCCCCAGGGUCAAGUUCUCCUUCUUCGUCAAGAAGAGCUUGCAGCAGCUGCCCACCGCCCGCAACGGCAGGCGGCCCUCGUUCAACGCCAUCCGCGAGACGGUGACUGCCGAGUGGGUGAUCGGCGAGUGGGGCGAGUGCUCCAAGAGCUGCGGGCUGGGGCUCCAGCGCCGCGCGGUGGAGUGCGCCGACCGGCAGGGCGCCCCCGCCGCGGACUGCGAGCGCGAGCUGAAGCCCGACGACCUGCGGCUGUGCGCCGACGUGCCCUGCCCGCGCUGGCUGCUGGGCGAGUGGUCGCCCUGCUCCAAGACCUGCGGGAAGGGCUUCAGGAAACGGUCGCUGAGGUGCGUCACCCGCGCCGGCCAAACUCUACCGCACGACAGCUGCGGCACGGCGAAAAAACCGAAGCACUUGAUCGGCCUGUGUACCUUACGGGCUUGUGCUUAGAGACUCCCAAAUGCAAAGACUAUACCCACCGGAGUUAACGUUCAACCUAAAUGCACUGAUAAGGGUCUCCUAAUCCAUUGUCAUGUCAUAAGGAAUAGGAGUAGAAUUAGGCCAUUCGGCCCAUCAAGUCUACUCCGCCAUUCAAUCAUGGCCGAUCUAUCUCUCCCUCCUAACCCCAUUCUCCUGCCUUCUCCCCAUAACCCCCGACACCCGUACUAAUCAAGAAUCUAUCUAUCUCUGCCUUAAACAUGUAACAUGAACAUGACUCCCAUCCAACCCAUAUUUCACUUUGACAAUGAAUGUUUGAUUUAGUUGUAAUAGACCAUUGGGUAGUUAAUGGUCUUGUGAGGGGGACAAUGGGGGGGGGGGUGGGGGGGAAUUGAGAAACUCGAUGCGAGCAUUGUGUGUCUCUCUCUCGUCAAUUAGUCUUGUCAGUAUUCGUAUAUAUUUCGCUGUUGACAGUGAAUUCGGAAGUUAGUAAGCCACGCUAAAGUACGUAAUUCUCUCAUUCAUAAGAUUCGUUCGCAAGAGUUCCAAGAUGGUUUCCUCUGGUGAAAGUCACUCUCCGUGAAGAGAACUGUCUUGGAAACGGUCUCGCAAGCGACCUUGCGUUUUUAUAUUUAUUUUUUCAGAAUAUCUUGUUCGUGUGGUGUUAUUGUGGGGGGGUGGAUGCUUUUACACCGCGCUGACUCAAGCCCCCUACAGAAUAAUAUCUAACAUCGUCUUGGUACUAAGUAGUUCAAGUGAGGGUCAAUUAAUUGGUCGGCCACCAGUUGGAAACUAACGAGUCCCCGAUUAGCAAGUGUACACAAAUAGUCCAUGGAGCCCGCAUGCAAGAGGCGCCAUGUUUCAUGGAGGUGCCCCUUUCAAAAGUCCACACUCCAGAGACCCCGGUUCGAUCCUGCCCUCGGGUGCUGUCUGGGUAGAGUUUGCACGUUCUCCCCUGUGACCACAUGGGUUUCCUCCAGCUCUCCAAAGACUUGCGGGUCCGCAGUUUAAUUUCCCCGACCCUGGUUCCCUCUCCUCUUCACCGUCUGCAGCAGGGCUCCCCAUGUGUCUCGUGCUCUGGGCUGAGGUUAGACAGGAGGUGGGACCCCCCCCUCUCUGCUACCAGCGAGGUUGUCCCACAAAGUGGGAGGGAAACAUACCGCCCCAGGACAGGACAAGAAGUCCACGUGAAUCAGAUGCCGCAAUAACCACUCUACAAAACGCUGGUGUAACUCAGCGGGACAGGCAACAUCUCUGGAGAGAAUGAAUGGGUGACGUUUCGAG